CUGAUAACUGACAAGGACAAAAAUGCUGCGUGAAGCCUGUGCCGGGCUGCUAGUUGUUAUGCAGAAUAGCCAUGCUUGUUUCUUGAUUGAGGUCAAGCAUGCAGCCACUUUGUAAAAUGAUCCCUUCCCUGGCCAAGCCACCAGCAGCCAUGCUCAGUGUAGCAUACGGGUAGCACUCUUAUACACACACAUUCCUGUCAAGUCAUCCUGCAGGCUGCUUCCAGCUUGGCUUGAAUGUGCAGUCUUAAUAAAACUCACUGGGGUCUGGGAGAAAAUAGCAGUUCUCCAGCAGUGAGUGCAGAGGAGAGAGGGACCAGGCUGUGCAUGUGCAGUGGACUGGCUAAUCUCUGGGCUGCCAAUGAGAGCAAAUAAUAGAGGCUGCCCUGCACUAAGUCUAUCUAUUGGGGAUACAAAGAGAUCUAUCACAGAGGGGUGAAAUUUAACUGGACACUCAAUUCUCAUAGGUUUUUUUUUUCCUACUCCACUUUUGACUUGAUUUUUUUACUUAAUUUUUUUUUCAAGAAACAACAUCAUUCCAUUAGGAUUUUUAAUUCUGCAAAUAUGGUAUCUGUGGCUUUUAUCCUGUGCUGGGCUGCUCUAAUGGCUGACGUGGGAUGUAGUGUGCAGAAGAAAGGCACAGACAGCAAUGGGAAAAGGUACAGCCGGAUCCAGCAUGGCCAGUGCACUUACACAUUCAUUCUGCCGGAGCAAGAGGGCAACUGCAGGGAGAGCGGCAGCAGCAGCAGCACCACUGAGCAGUACAACAGCAAUGCUCUGCAGAGGGAUGCUCCGCAAAUGGAUCAAGAUUUCUCUCCCCAGAAACUCCAACAACUGGAGCUGGUGAUGGAAAAUUACACUCAGUGGCUGCAGAAACUGGAGAACUACAUUGUGGAUAACAUGAAGUAUGAGAUGGCCCAGAUGCAGCAGCAUGCAGUUCAGAACCAUACAGCCACCAUGCUGGAGAUAGGGACAAAUUUGCUGAGCCAAACCGCCGAGCAGACAAGAAAGCUUACAGAUGUUGAAACACAGGUUCUUAAUCAGACGUCACGACUAGAAAUACAGCUGCUGGAAAAUGCACUGUCUACCUACAAAUUGGAAAAACAGCUCAUUCAGCAAACAAAUGCAAUUACAAAAAUCCAGGAAAAAAACAGUUUACUAGAAAACAAAAUGGUGGAAAUGGAAGAGAGACACAAGGAUGAACUGAAUACCUUAAAAACAGAAAAGGAAUCUUUGCAAAAUCUAGUGUCCCGUCAGAUUUACAUAAUCCAGGAGCUGGAGAAGCAGUUAAAUAAGGCAACAAGCAACAACAGUAUCUUACAAAAACAGCAGCUUGAGCUCAUGGAUACAGUGCACAACCUUGUAAAGCUCUGUUCCAAGGAAGGAGUAACCUUAAAGAAUGUUAAAAAGGAAGAGGAGAAACCCUUCAGAGACUGCUCGGAUCUGUUCCAUGCUGGAUUUAACAAGAGUGGCGUAUACACUAUAUACAUAAAUAAUGUAUCAGAACCUAAAAAGGUUUACUGCAAUAUGGAUAUGGCAGGUGGUGGCUGGACAGUAAUUCAACACAGAGAAGAUGGAAGCGUUGAUUUUCAGAGAGGCUGGAAAGAUUACAAAAUGGGGUUUGGAAGCCCAUCUGGUGAAUUUUGGCUGGGAAAUGAGUUUAUUUUCGCACUAACCAGCCAAAGGCAGUACACUCUGAGAAUUGAUUUAACGGACUGGGAAGGAAAUCGUGCACAUUCCCACUAUGACCGGUUUCACAUAGGUAAUGAAAAGCAGAACUACAGAUUAUACUUAAAGGGCCACAGUGGGACAGCAGGGAAGCAAAGCAGUCUAAUCUUGCAUGGGGCAGACUUCAGUACAAAAGAUGCAGACAAUGACAACUGUAUGUGCAAAUGUGCUCUCAUGCUGACGGGAGGUUGGUGGUUUGACGCCUGUGGUCCUUCAAACCUGAAUGGGAUGUACUACACUGCAGGGCAGAACCACGGAAAGCUGAAUGGAAUAAAGUGGCAUUACUUCAAAGGCCCUAGUUACUCCUUACGAGCAACAACAAUGAUGAUCCGGCCCAUGGAUUUCUAAUUCAGCACCAGACAAUGUUCAUUUGAGAAGGUUCUACAGUCUCUUCUGAUUAGAACAUAAUUAUGAUUGAUGGCCAGAAACACAUAAACAUUUGUUUCCUACUCUCAGAUGAAUUUCUUGAACUUGGAACAAGGCAUCAGCAUAUGUUGUUUCAGAAAAAUACAACUGAAUCAUAUUUUCAAGAAUUGGUGAAAUUUGUGAGGACAAAUAAACUGCACAUUGGAUUGUUAAAGCAGAAACAAACUUUUAGACUUCUCCUGAUGAUAAUAUCAGUGGAACCGUUUAAAUAACGAACCAUGUAGAUAUGAAUAUAGUAGUUACAAAGUAAUAUUUAGAUAUCUGUGUGAUGCAGCUCCCAGGAGCCUCUUCAUCAGAAGACCCAAAGGUUUGUUAAAGGACUGGUUUGUUUGCAGAUUAUUCUUAUAUUCAGGCAUAUUUUCUUGGGCAACCACAGUCUGUCACUAUUCAAAAAUAGUUAUUUCAGAAUCAAUGAAAAUCUUUUUUAGUUUCCACUACAUUUUUUCUGCAUACAUUAUUGAAGAACAAGUUACAAUUGACAUUGAUGACAAUGUUUAUUUGCAGAAAACAUCUGUAAACUCUAUUAUGAAAGUAUAAUAAAUCAUGUUAAAAGAUUAAUAUUCAUUAUACUAUUCAAAUAUGGAAUGGUCAUGUUAAAAGACAAGCAGAACAUUGUAUCAAAUACAUAGCCACUUGCAUUUAAUAAGCUGUAGUAGAUGUGUAUACGUCAGUACCUACAUUUCCACUUAGUAUGUUACUCGUUAUAUACUUUUUGCCGAUGUAUAUGAAGUAUAAAUUGUGAGCAAAUGAGUACCUUUCUUGAUACCCUCGUUUAACAACGCACAGCUAUUAAAUGUAUUCACACAAUGUUAAAGUUUGUUUUUCACACAUUAAAUUAAGAUUUAUUUUUGUUA